CGGCCGACGUCUUUGUCCGUUUGUGUAUGUGUACGCCCGUACAGGAUUACCUGAGUCGUCAAGUAAAGUAACGCUAUAACACAGACUGUAUCGAUUCAUCGGUGAGAACUUUUAAUGGACAGGACAGUUCCACAGUUAUCGUCUGCUAUAUUACAGGUGUUAUUUACGACCAGAACCUUGACAACGUCAUGCGAUCUCAUGCAGAAUUAUCUGUCUAAAUAACGACACUGGAUCGGAUAAUAACGGUAUAAUAUGAUGGAUGCAUUUGUGAAAUUAAUACAUAUACCUGCAUUUCAGUGAUUGAUCGUUUUAAUAACUGUACAGGAAUGAGUUAGGGUUGGGCGUAAAAUUCAGUUUGGAAGGCAGCAAUCCUCAAUUAUGGACGUUUUCCGAUAUUUAGGAUUAUGUGUAUAUUGGCUGUUAUGUGUAAAUUAUCACCAUGUGUACGGUCAAUCUGUGGUUUGUUUAAGGACACUUAUAUCAGUAGAGUUAGAUCAAUCUUUUGUGAUAAACUGUGGAAUACGCAAUCUUAGUAUAACAGACCAAACUUCAGUGACAUGGUCCAUACAAGAAACUGGAAAAACCCUGCGUGAAAUUUUCAUACCAAGUGCAUCUGUUAAAUACAGUCUACAAAUAUCAACAAUCAAUAAUGAUGUUACUCUAACUGUAAACAAUGUAGCGAUAGAAGAUGGUGGACAGUAUACAUUAACAGUUGUUGACAACAAUAAAACAUUUCUAACUACAGUUGAUGUUACUGUAGAAGGUCCACCACGAAUAACUAACAUUCAUGACCAUGUAUAUGGUCCACCAGGCAUGGAUCUCUUAUUAGACUGUAGAAUACAGUCUUGGCCAAUACCAGAUUAUUAUAAAUGGUACCAUGACAGUGUGGAACUAAAGAAUGAUAUAAAUAAAUAUAAAAUUACAGACAAGACUAACAGUAGAGAAUCCAUAGCCCAUUUUUACCUGAAAAUCUUCAAAUUUAAUACAGAUAAUGUCGGCUCAUAUGUAUGUGAAGCAAUUAACAAAUUUGGGAGCGCAGAUUUUAAAAUAGAGGCUGGAAUACGGAAUAAAAGUAUACCUUGUAGAGAACAGUAUAAAUGUAAUAAUCUACAGACAUGUUCGUUAGAUCAUGGGUGUAUAUGUUUUGAUGGUUAUAUGGAACGAGCUGAUGGUAGUUGUAUAGAUGUGGAUGAAUGUACUCAUAAUACAUACAAAUGUCCGCAAGACAAACCAGUAUGUAUUAAUACAGAAUCAUUCUAUAAAUGUGGUUGUUCUACAGGAUAUAAACUUAAUGAUAACACAGAUGUUUGUAUAGCUGAUGUACCACAAGAAGAGCCUGUCGUUGAUAAUAUGACUGUAUUUGCUAUUGUUGGUGUUUUUAUGGCUAUUGUUGUGAUUAUAGGAAUUCUUGUUAUUAUCUUUAUAUUAAAGAAAAGAAGACAGAGACCAAAGAUGCCAUUAUCUCACUACGCUCAUGAAACCUCAAAUUCUCCGACCAGUACGGGUAGUAUAGUACCUCAUAUGACAGCUAAUCAGGUAGAAAUACAGUAUGAAAUAGGUAAAGGUAGAUUCGGUCAGGUGUUUAUAGCUAAAGCUUGGAAUGUAUCUGAUACAGGAUUGUGGGAAACAGUUGCUAUUAAACAGUCACGAGAUGAUAUAGCAGCUGAAGAUAAAAGUGUAUUUUUACAUGAAUUAAACCUAGUGAAGAAUAUACCCUAUAACAGACAUAUUGUCAGAUGUGUUGGCUAUUUUUAUGAUCCCAUCGUGUCAAUGUUAUUUGAGUAUAUGCCCUGUGGGGAUCUAUUAACGUAUAUUCGACAGAAACGACCUCAAAGCUUUAGAAUGAGUAAUUCGUCAAUUAAUACAGCACCUCUUUCAGCUACCCAAAUCUUUAACUUUGCUCUACAGUGUGCUAAAGGAAUGCAACAUCUUCACGAAAAUAAGAUUAUACACAGAGAUUUGGCAGCUAGAAAUAUAUUGGUAGCCAAUGAAAAUUGUUGUAAAAUAUCAGAUUUUGGUAUGGCACGUAAAGUUGGUGAAGAUUACAGUUAUACUUCAAGAUCAAAGAGACCAUUACCUAUCUUAUGGAUGGCUCCAGAAGCUAUAUUUAAUGAUCGUACAAGUAAUAAAAGUGAUGUGUGGUCAUAUGGUGUUUUAUUUUGGGAGAUGGUUACCUUAGGAUCUCGACCCUACCCCGGUAAAUCAGGUCAACAAGUAUUACAGAUGUUAAAAGAAGGUGAACAAAUGGAACAUCCUCGUCACUGUGCUCUAGAAAUAUAUCGUAUAAUGACAGACUGCUGGCAGUAUGAUCCUGAAAGUCGACCAGAAUUCCACGAAAUUGCUGACGAAGUUGAAAUGAGAUUAGAUUCGGCUGAGAAUUAUUUAAAUUUAUUUAACUAUAAUAAAAACAAUUAUUAUUUUGUGGAUCAUGUAUCUAUGAGUGACAUGGACAUAGACCAUUCUGAGAGCGAAACCAAUACUUUCACAAGAUCUAGGUCACGUCGAUCCUAUAAACAACCGGUUUUACAUCUUUAGUGAAGAAUCAGUUUACAUCAUUAGAAAAGGAUUGGUUUUUUACCUUUAGUAAAGAAUUGGUUUUACAUCAUUAGUAAAGAAUCGGUUUUACAUUUUUUGUAAAUAAUUGGUUUUAUACCUUUAGUGGAGGGUUGGAUGACCGAAUGGUUAGCGAGUGUGUCUUGUAUCAUGAGUUCUGUCAUUGAGUGAACUGGCGUGGUUUUCGAUUCCCUGGUUGUACAUGACAAAGAGUAGGGUCGCCUUUCCAACCUCGUGGGUUUUCUCCGAGUCCUCCGGUUUCCUCCCACUGUUAAAGACCCCUACGCGCAAGCGAAUUAUUGAAAUAAAAUUGAACCUUGUGUUAGUCCCAAAAUGACCUGGUUUGUGUCGAGUGGACCUCAAACACCAUUUCUCCCUCUCCCCUUAUAUCUUUAGUAAAGAAUCGGUUUACGUCUUUAGUAAAGAAUCAGUUUACAUCAUUAGUAAAGAAUUGGUUUUACAUCUUUUAGUAAAGAAUUGGUUUUACAUCUUUAGUAAAGAAUUGGUUUUACAUCUUUAGUAGAGAAUCAAUUUUACAUUUUUAGCAAACAACCGGUUUUACAUCUUCAGUGAUCAGCUGGUUUUAUGCUGUUAGUGUGUGCAAACAUCUUUUUAACAACUGGUUUUAUAUCUUUAGUGCGAAGUAUAAAUAACCUGUUUUACGUUACUAGUGUGAAAUAUACUGGUAUAUGGAUAAGAGAAUGAAAUGUAAAAUAUAUCUUACAUGCAAAGUCCCAAUGAAGUGCUAUACUAUCACCAUGUUUUUGUGGUUAAGACACUAUUUAUGUUAAUUAGGCUUACAAUGCAGGGUAUGCUUGUCAUAUCCAGAGGAUCUGCCUGGUGGUACAUUCCAAUAGAAAUUUUGUCUAAAAUAUUUAUAGCAAUGGUCAGAAUAUUUUUUGAGGGUAUUAACCAACCUGCUGUGCCUUUUAUAACAUGCAAAGUGUGAAUUUCACCUGUUUUGUUAUAUGUAUGUUACGUUAUUCUUAUUUCAUUUAUAUGUUUCAUCACAUUUAGUCACCGGCUUUACAAACUUCCCAUCAGAAAAAAAUCAACAUAUUUCAAAAUGGACCUAUCCUUGUAUACAUAGCAAUUAAUCAUCAUGCUAGUGCAAAAGCACAAUUAUAGUUAUACAAAAAUGUUACAUUAUUAAUGGUGUACAUUUGUAGAUAGUCUAUAUAUAAAUACCAAAACUAUACAUUAAUGGUGUACAAUUGUAGAUAUUUUAUAUAUAUAUAUACAAAAACUAUACAUUAUUAAUGGUGUGCAUUCGUAAAUAUUUUAUAUACAAAAACUAUACAUUUUUAUGGUGUACAUUUGUAGAUGACGUUUCAUAUGUAAAUUUUAUACAUGUGUGUUUAGUAUUUUGAAGAUUCAUAAAUAUUAUUGUUAUUUAUUAUUUGAAAUCAGGUUUUAAAUUUUGUGCCAAAAUGUUUCCUAUAAGCACAUAAUAAAACAAUAUUUUCACA